UACCCUUCCGCCAUUAUAACUGCUACUUAUAUAUAUUCCCUCUUCCAUGCAUUAAUCAAAAGCAAUUAACACUAAUAAGAUCAUUAGAAGGAUCAUUAAUAAUUAAUCAGAUGGCGAGCAUGAGUUUAACGGCAAGUUUGACGAAACUGCAAAUGUGCAGAGGCACAAUGAGGGUAGUUGGCACCACCAGACGGCCAUCAUUCCUUUCUUUUACUCCUAAUAAACGUUACGGAAGCAGACCCGGCGCUUACAACGAAGCCAAGUCUGCCGCCGCGAAAGGAGCCGACGCCGCCAAACAAGGCGCCGAUGCCACCAGCAAAGCCGCACAGCAAAUCAAACACGACGCUUCCUCCGCCGCAGAUGAUGGUGUGCAAAAAGCAAAAGCCAUGGGAGAGAAGGUGUCGGAGGCUGCAAAUGAGUUAGCGGGAAAGGCAAAACAAACGGCACAAGACGCUUGGGAUGCGGUGAAAGACACAACCCACAAGAUCAAAGACAAUGUCGCCAAUAAGGCCGAUGAGUCUAAGGACGCCAUUCGCAAGAACAUCGACUCUCAUACUCCCUAAAUAUAUAAUUGCCGCUUACAAAUUUAAUUCCGACUUUUCCAAAAAUAAAUUGUUAAUCUGUCUAGUCUAGUCUGGUCUCUAAUAAUCGGAGCUUCAAUAUGAUUCUCAAGUUUCUGUACUUGAUAAUUAGCUUGUUCUUCUUAAUUAGUUCACAGUUGGCUGGUUUACUUCAAAUAGCUAGACUAUGUAUUUAUAAUACAAUGUUUGUUUCUAUUGUUCUAUUUUAAUUACUUGCACCA